UAUAUAAGAGACCGGUUUAGACCCCUCCCAGGGCUUACAACUGCACAGCAAAGAGGUGGGGAAAUAAACAUCAAGAUCAUCGCCCAAGAGUUUGUGAAAGACCAAGGAGCUCCAGCAUGUCGUUGGAGCCAGAAAUGGAGUGUUUUGGCCCGGCGGCCAUAUACCUCCGAAAACCAGAGAAGGAGAGGAUUGAGGCUCAGAACACACCAUUUGAUGCCAAAACUGCCUUCUUUGUGUCUGAGCCCAAGGAGAUGUACCUCAAAGGGGUCCUCAAAAGUCGGGAGGGUGGCAAAGUCACGGUCACAACCCUGUGUAGGAAAACCCUCACAGUGAAGGAGGAUGAGAUUUUUCCAAUGAACCCCCCCAAGUAUGAUAAAAUUGAGGACAUGGCCAUGAUGACCCACCUCAGUGAGCCUGCUGUGCUGUUCAACCUCAAAGAGCGUUACGCAGCAUGGAUGAUUUACACUUACUCUGGCCUGUUCUGUGUCACCGUGAACCCCUAUAAGUGGCUCCCAGUGUAUGAUGCUAAAGUUGUGUCUGGAUACAGGGGCAAAAAAAGAAUUGAGGCCCCACCUCACAUCUUCUCCAUCUCUGAUAACGCCUAUCAGUUUAUGCUCACUGAUCGUGAGAAUCAGUCUAUCCUGAUUACUGGAGAAUCUGGUGCAGGAAAGACUGUUAACACCAAACGUGUCAUCCAGUACUUUGCGACAAUCGCUGUGGCUGGGUCUGGACAGAAGAAAGCAGAACCUGUUCCUGGGAAAAUGCAGGGGUCGCUGGAGGAUCAAAUCAUUGCGGCCAACCCUUUGCUGGAAGCCUAUGGAAAUGCCAAGACUGUGAGGAAUGACAACUCUUCUCGCUUUGGUAAAUUCAUCCGAAUUCACUUUGGGUCAACUGGAAAGUUGGCCUCAGCUGAUAUUGAAACUUACCUGCUGGAAAAAUCCAGGGUAACUUUCCAGCUGUCUGCUGAGAGGAGCUACCACAUCUUCUACCAGCUCUGCACUGGCCAUAAGCCAGAACUGCUGGAGGCUCUUCUGAUCACCACUAACCCAUAUGACUAUCACAUGAUCAGUCAGGGUGAGAUCACAGUCAAGAGCAUCAAUGAUGUGGAAGAGUUCAUUGCAACUGAUACAGCCAUUUCUAUCUUGGGCUUCAAUGCUGAGGAGAAAAUAGGCAUCUACAAGUUGACAGGAGCCGUGAUGCAUCAUGGGAACAUGAAGUUCAAGCAGAAGCAGAGAGAGGAGCAGGGCGAGCCUGAUGGAACUGAGGUGGCUGAUAAAAUCGCUUACCUCUUGGGACUAAACUCAGCUGAGAUGCUUAAAUCUUUGUGUUACCCCAGAGUGAAGGUUGGGAAUGAGUUUGUGACCAAAGGUCAAACCGUUCCUCAGGUGUACAAUGCAGCCAUGGCUCUGUGCAAGUCAGUGUAUGAGAAAAUGUUCUUGUGGAUGGUUGUCCGAAUCAAUGAGAUGUUGGACACCAAGCAGCCCAGACAGUUUUACAUCGGAGUGCUUGACAUUGCUGGGUUUGAAAUCUUUGAUUAUAACAGCAUGGAGCAGCUGUGCAUUAAUUUCACCAAUGAGAAACUGCAACAGUUUUUCAACCAUCACAUGUUUGUGCUGGAACAAGAGGAGUACAAGAAGGAGGGAAUCGAGUGGGAAUUCAUUGACUUUGGUAUGGACUUGGCCGCCUGCAUUGAGCUUAUUGAGAAGCCAAUGGGCAUUUUCUCCAUCCUUGAAGAGGAGUGUAUGUUCCCCAAGGCAACAGACAUGACUUUCAAGAACAAGUUGCACGACCAGCAUCUUGGUAAAAACCCAUGCUUCCAGAAACCCAAGCCUGCCAAAGGCAAGGCUGAGGCUCACUUCUCUUUGGUGCACUAUGCUGGGACUGUGGACUACAACAUCACAGGCUGGCUGGAUAAGAACAAGGACCCUCUGAAUGACUCUGUGGUUCAGUUGUACCAGAAGUCUUCAGUCAAACUCUUGAGUCACCUGUAUGCUAGUCAUGCAUCUGAAGCUGAUGCUGGUGGAAAAAAAGGUGGAAAAAAGAAGGGCGGCUCCUUCCAGACUGUGUCUGCUUUGUUCCGGGAGAACUUGGGCAAACUGAUGACCAAUCUGAGAAGCACUCAUCCUCAUUUUGUACGUUGCUUGAUUCCAAACGAGUCAAAGACUCCAGGUCUCAUGGAGAACUUUUUGGUCAUCCACCAGUUGCGUUGUAAUGGUGUACUGGAGGGUAUCAGGAUCUGUAGGAAAGGUUUCCCAAGCAGAAUCCCGUAUGGUGACUUCAAGCAGAGGUACAAAGUACUGAAUGCUAGUGUCAUCCCUGAAGGUCAGUUCAUUGAUAACAAGAAGGCUUCUGAGAAGCUUCUUGGCUCCAUAGAUGUAGAUCAUACCCAGUACAAGUUUGGACACACCAAGGUGUUUUUCAAAGCUGGUCUUCUGGGUCUUCUUGAAGAGAUGAGAGAUGAGAAACUUGUAAUCCUUGUGACCAUGACUCAGGCUAUGUGCAGGGGCUACCUUAUGAGGAAAGAGUUUGUCAAAAUGAUGGAGAGAAGAGAAUCCAUCUUCGCCAUCCAAUACAACAUCCGCUCCUUCAUGAAUGUGAAACACUGGCCAUGGAUGAAGCUGUACUUUAAGAUCAAGCCUCUGCUGAAGAGCGCAGAGACCGAGAAGGAAAUGGCGGCCAUGAAAGAGAAUUUUGAAAAAAUGAAGGAGGAUCUGGCAAAGGCACUUGCCAAGAAGAAGGAGCUUGAGGAGAAGAUGGUUUCUCUGCUACGGGAGAAAGAUGACCUUCAGCUACAAGUGGCAGCUGAAAGUGAAAAUCUUUCUGAUGCUGAGGAGAGAUGUGAAGGUCUGAUCAAAAGCAAGAUCCAGUUCGAGGCCAAACUCAAAGAAAUAACAGAAAGAUUAGAGGAUGAAGAGGAAAUCAACGCUGAGUUGACAGCAAAGAAGAGGAAACUAGAGGACGAGUGCUCUGAGCUCAAGAAGGACAUUGAUGAUUUAGAGCUGACCUUGGCCAAAGUUGAGAAGGAGAAACAUGCCACUGAGAACAAGGUUAAAAACCUUACUGAGGAAAUGGCAACUCAAGAUGAGCUUAUUGUCAAACUGACGAAGGAGAAGAAAGCCCUCCAAGAGGCACAUCAGCAAACUCUUGAUGAUCUGCAGGCAGAGGAAGACAAAGUCAAUACUCUGACCAAAGCCAAAGCAAAGCUUGAGCAGCAAGUUGAUGAUCUGGAAGGCUCUCUAGAACAAGAGAAGAAACUCCGUAUGGACCUUGAGCGAUCUAAAAGAAAGCUUGAGGGCGAUCUGAAACUUUCCCUGGAAAGCUUAAUGGACCUGGAGAAUGACAAACAACAGCUUGAAGAAAAGCUGAAAAAGAAGGACUUUGAAACCAGUCAACUUCUGAGCAAGAUUGAAGAUGAGCAAUCUCUUGGUAUUCAGCUCCAAAAGAAGAUCAAAGAACUUCAGGCUCGUAUUGAGGAGCUGGAGGAAGAAAUUGAGGCCGAACGUGCCGCUCGAGCUAAGGUCGAGAAGCAGAGAGCCGAUCUCUCCAGGGAACUUGAGGAGAUCAGCGAGAGGCUGGAAGAAGCAGGUGGUGCCACCUCCGUGCAGAUUGAUAUGAACAAAAAGCGCGAGGCCGAGUUCCAGAAGCUGCGGCGUGAUCUUGAGGAGUCCACCUUGCAGCAUGAAGCAACGGCUGCUGCGCUUCGCAAGAAGCAGGCCGACAGCGUGGCUGAGCUGGGCGAGCAGAUCGACAACCUCCAGCGUGUGAAACAAAAGCUGGAGAAGGAGAAAAGUGAGUUUAAGAUGGAGAUCGAUGACUUGUCCAGCAGUAUGGAGGCUGUGGCCAAAUCAAAGUCAAAUCUUGAAAAGAUGUGUCGUACGCUGGAAGAUCAGCUGAGUGAGCUGAAGACGAAGAAUGACGAACAUGUACGCCAGGUGAAUGAUCUGAGUGUGCAGAAGGCGAGACUUCAGACUGAAAAUGGUGAAAUGGGACGUCAACUAGAGGAAAAAGAGGCUUUGGUUUCUCAGCUUACUCGAAGCAAACAGGCCUUCACUCAGCAGAUUGAAGAGUUCAAGAGGCAAAUCGAAGAGGAAGUAAAGGCUAAGAAUGCCCUGGCCCACGGUCUCCAAUCCGCUCGUCACGACUGUGAUCUGCUCAGAGAGCAGUACGAGGAGGAACAGGAAGCCAAAGCUGAGCUCCAGCGUGGCAUGUCUAAGGCCAACAGCGAGGUCGCUCAGUGGAGAACCAAAUACGAGACUGAUGCCAUCCAGCGUACCGAGGAGCUUGAGGAAGCAAAGAAAAAGCUUGCUCAACGUCUUCAGGACGCUGAAGAGUCCGUUGAGGCUGUGAAUGCCAAAUGUGGCUCAUUGGAGAAAACCAAGCAGAGACUCCAAGGUGAAGUUGAGGAUCUCAUGAUUGACUUGGAUAGAGCUAAUGCACUCGCUGCCAACCUUGACAAGAAACAAAGAAACUUUGAUAAGGUCUUGGCAGAAUGGAAGCAGAAAUACGAGGAAAGCCAGGCAGAGCUGGAAGGAGCUCAGAAGGAGGCUCGUUCUCUUAGCACUGAACUUUUCAAAAUGAAAAAUUCAUACGAAGAGGCUUUGGAUCAGCUGGAGACCCUGAAGCGGGAGAACAAAAACCUGCAGCAGGAGAUCUCAGAUUUGACUGAGCAGCUUGGCGAGACCGGAAAGACAAUUCAUGAGCUGGAGAAAGGAAAGAAAACUGCAGAAGUUGAAAAAUCUGAACUCCAAAGUGCUCUUGAAGAGGCUGAGGCAACCCUUGAGCAUGAAGAAUCCAAGAUCCUUCGUGUUCAACUUGAGCUGAACCAAGUGAAGGGGGAGAUAGAUCGUAAACUGGCUGAGAAGGAUGAGGAGAUCGAACAGAUCAAGAGGAACAGCCAGAGAGUCAUUGAUUCCAUGCAAAGCACUCUGGACUCUGAGAUCAGAAGCAGAAACGAUGCUCUGAGAAUCAAGAAGAAGAUGGAAGGAGACCUCAAUGAGAUGGAGAUUCAGCUGAGCCAUGCAAACCGGCAGGCUGCUGAAGCUCAGAAACAGCUCAGGAACGUCCAGUGCCAACUCAAGGAUACUCAACUACACCUUGAUGAGGCCCAACGAGGACAAGAAGACAUGAGAGAACAGGUUGCAAUGGUUGAACGUAGGAACAACCUGAUGCUGGCUGAAAUCGAGGAGCUGAGAGUUGCUCUGGAACAGUCAGAGAGAGGUCGUAAAGUCGCUGAGCAGGAACUGGUGGAUGCCAGCGAGAGAGUGACUCUCUUACACUCCCAAAAUACUAGUCUUAUCAACACCAAGAAGAAGCUGGAGGGAGAUCUCGUUCAGAUUCAAGGUGAGCUGGAAGACAUGGUCCAGGAAGCACGAAAUGCUGAAGAAAAGGCAAAGAAAGCAAUUACUGAUGCUGCCAUGAUGGCAGAGGAGCUGAAGAAAGAGCAGGACACAAGUGCUCAUCUGGAGAGGAUGAAGAAGAACCUAGAGGUCACAGUCAAAGACCUGCAGCAUCGUCUGGAUGAGGCUGAGAGUCUGGCCAUGAAGGGUGGAAAGAAGCAGCUCCAGAAACUGGAAGCUAGAGUUCGUGAGCUGGAGGGUGAAGUUGAAGCAGAACAGAGACGCGGUGCUGAAGCUGUGAAAGGAGUUCGCAAAUAUGAAAGAAGAGUGAAGGAACUCACAUAUCAGACUGAAGAAGAUAAGAAGAACAUUAUCAGACUGCAAGAUCUUGUUGACAAACUUCAACUGAAAGUCAAGGCCUACAAGAGGCAAAGUGAAGAGGCUGAGGAACAGGCGAACACUCACCUGUCCAGGUUCAGGAAGGUACAGCAUGAGCUGGAGGAGGCUCAGGAGAGGGCUGACAUUGCUGAGUCACAGGUCAACAAGCUGAGAGCUAGGAGCCGUGAAUUCGGGAAGACUAAAGAUGCAGAGGAAUGAACACUUUUGGAAUUAGUGGACGCUGAAACAAGAACUCAUAUAAUAUGAGAUUCUUACAAAUAUUCUCAUUUGAUUUGUGCAACAACUAAUAAAGGACAUGUGA